CAAUACUUUGUUUCGAUUGAUUACUCCCAACUUAAAAACAUAAUAUAUUGAUUAAUUACUAUUUCCAGUCAAUUAUUUUAUUUCCUAUUUUCAUAACCGUCUCCUUGUAAUAUUUUGUAUUAAAAAUGUCUCUAACAUGUAUACCUCGCCCAUAUCAACAACAACAUAUACAUUGUAUUUGUAUAAUAUACUUUUUGUGAUUCUACCCAAGUUCUCAAUUCUAUUAUUCAUAUAAAAAGCGCUUACACUUGGUUUACCAUUAUAAUUAAUGCUUGUUUGUAAUUAUCUUAAUUAAUAAUUUUACUGUAACUUAUAGGAUAUAGUUUAAUAGUCUGUAAGUUAUUGUUUCGCUAAAAAAUUAAUAAAAGUAACAAUGGGUGAUGUCACUGCAGCAAGUGCUCCUACUGAUGACUUAAAUAACUCUGGAUCAUCUUGUUCAUCAUCUUCAUCAGAUUCUGAUGGGGAAUCUAGUAGUUCAUGUUCUAGUUCUAGCUCAUCUUCAUGUUCAGAAACUCCAAAUAAAAAGUGUGAUGCUGAUUGUACUGGAUGUGAUGAAGAUAAUACACCAAUAAAUGGUCAAUUAGAUUGGCUAGUUUGUCAAUUAUGUCUACACAAAGUUAAAACUCCAUUACAGUUGAAACAACACAUGCGCAUGCAUACUGAACAUAAAGUACAUCGCUGUGCCAUUUGCAAUAAAUCAUUCGAACAAGCUACUCGCCUUGAAAAACAUAUAGCUAUACAUUGUGGUACAGAUUCUCGUUAUGAAUGUGCACUGUGUGGAAAAGUAUACAAACUUCGCACACAAAUUGUUAGUCAUAUUGCAGCCCACAAAAAACAAAAUGCUGGCCGGCGUAUAUCUUACACUUGUCCUAUUUGUACAAAAAAAUUUUCAAAUAAGUCAAAACUCAGAGAACAUGUAUCUGGGCAUGAAAAUGGUACUUUGCACUCAUGUGAUGUUUGUGGACGAACUUUCAAGUUGAAUUCCUAUUUAGUUGUACACAAAAGAACACAUGAAAUGAAUGUUUCCUAUACUGGAGAUAAGCCAUUUACAUGUGCAUUGUGUAGCAAGUCUUUUUUGAGCAAAAGUAAUUUAGACUUGCAUAUGCUUGUACAUAACUAUGUUAAAAAAGCUUCAUAUAGUUGUGAAAUCUGUGGGAAAAUAUUCAUGCGCAAGUAUAAUUAUGAUGCUCAUAUAAAUAUUCACCAAUAGUUAGUAAGUUUAGUGUUAAAUUUUAGUUAAAUAACUUGGGUUUUUAAUAGCACUCUUUUGUAGUAAACUGAAACUGUGUUUAUUAUAGUGGGUUUUACAUUUAC